AAAAUAUUCUAAUAAAUGAAGUAUUUAGAAGAAACAAAAUUGUAGAGAUGUCAGCAGAGACAGUCUGUAUAUGUUAUCCCACCGGUAUACCGAUUCAUUUUAAUAAGACCUACAAACUAUUACGUUCUAAUUAAAAAUUAAACAUUUGCUAGUUGGCGAAACAUUUUCAUAAGCUGCUAAACUGCCAGGUUGAUUCUCAUUCAUCAACUGGCCAACAUAUACUAAACAUUUAUAUCCAUUGCAUAUAUUGUUUAUUGCUAUAUAAGUGAAAGUGAAUUUGGUCCCGGUUGUGACAAGUUUUCGGAAAAACCCGAAUUGAUAGUGAGUGAAUUCCUUUUGAAAAAUUCACCAAUAACAUCAUUCUUCGUUUACGGUAUGACCAAGAAUUUUAUGAAACAGGAUAGUCAAUUAAAAAAACCAAAUACAAAUAAUGGAAAUCAUGUGUCUCCACGGGGAGGUGUACAACAUAUUAAUUUUGGUGAAGACGACCAAAUGGAAAUACAAGGAUUUGUAUUCAGUAGGUUGAAAAACAACAUUUGCUGGUUUUUCUACAUUCUAACCAUCGGUAUACUGAGAUUAAUUUUUCACUGGUACCCUGUAUGGCACUUAAAAUCCACACAUAACCCUAGCGAUCUGCGACGUGCUGAGAAAGUACUAAUAACUGACAACUAUACGGGAAAACUGAAAACGCAUUUUGUGAAAAGCGUCAAUACCAUAUCCAGUAACAAUUUAAAUGGAAAAAAAGAUGUGGCGAACCUUUUAAAAUUCAGACUAGCUCAUGGAGAAACUAUGGAGGAACCUCAAAUUAGAGUGAUUAAGUGCAAAAAACUGAUUUAUAUUUGGGAUGAAAUCAGAGGAAAUUUUGUGAAAUUAGCUGGUCUAGAAAACGGCAUUUCCAAGAAAGAUUUACACGAUUUUAUUAAAGGACAAUCGAACGACGAACAAAUCAGAAAGCGUAUGGUAUAUGGGACCAACCAAAUCAUAACUCCACAACAAAGUAUUCUGACACUGCUUGCUCUGGAAGCUCUCACUCCGUUUUACAUGUUUCAACUAUUUAGUUUAAUCGUUUGGAUAGCUGAGUUCUACUAUUACUACGCCAUAGCUAUUGUUAUUAUGUCGGUAGCUGGUAUAACUACAUCAAUCAUACAAACUAGAAAAAAUCAAAAAAAUCUAAAAGGAACAGUAAGCUCAACAUCCACUGUAACGGUAAAAAGAGGCCAUGACACGUACGAAGAAAUAUCAACUCUGGAUUUGGUUCCUGGAGAUCUCAUAGUGAUUCCAAAAUUAGGAUGUGAAAUGUACUGUGAUGCUGUGCUGUUGUCUGGUAGUGCUAUAGUGAACGAAAGUAUGCUUACAGGCGAAUCUGUGCCAGUAACCAAAACUGCAUUAGAAAACAACACCUACGUUUACAGUGUAAAAGAAGACGUCAAUCAUACUCUUUUCUGUGGCACAAAAAUUAUCCAAACCCGGUCUCAAGGAAAAGAUCAAGUGAUGGCUGUAGUGAUUCGUACUGCAUUUCUGACCAGCAAAGGUGAGCUGGUAAGAAGCAUUUUGUACCCUCCCCCAGCUGAUUUUAAAUUUGAAAGAGACAGCUACAAAUACAUCGGAAUUUUAGCUUUUAUAGCAGCUAUAGGAUUCAUUUACACCAUAGUUUCAAAGGCCCAACGCAAUGUGAGUCCUGCCGAUAUUGCUUUAAAAGCUCUGGACAUUAUCACUAUAGUGAUUCCACCAGCUUUACCUGCUGCCAUGACAGUUGGAAAACUUUUUGCCAUUCAGAGAUUGAAAAAUAACAGAAUCUUCUGCAUAAAUUCCAGAGUAAUCAAUGUCACUGGUUCUGUUGACUGUGUUUGUUUUGAUAAGACGGGAACUUUGACAGAAGACGCAUUGGACAUGUGGGGUGUCGUACCAGUCAGCAAUAAGCAACUAGGUAAACCAAUCAAGGACAUUUCUCUGUUAGAAAGUACCACAGAUGUGUUUAGAGGUAUGGCUUCCUGUCACAGUCUGUCUGCAAUAGAAGGAGAAAUUUGCGGAGAUCCUUUGGACGUAAAGAUGUUUGAGUCAACGGGCUGGAUAUUUGAAGAUAACGGUUAUCUGGAGGCAAAUCCAGACCCUUACACCGCAUCCCUUGUUGUCAGAUCUCCAGGACUAGAUGCAAAUAAUGCAGUUCAAGAAAUCGGAAUAAUCAAACAGUUUCAAUUCGCCUCGGCACUACAAAGGAUGUCUGUGAUAACCAAAUCUCCAGAAAAUGAUCACUUCGAAAUUUUCUGUAAAGGAUCACCCGAAAAAGUAGUGUCACUAUCCAGAGAAGAAUCCAUCCCUCAUGACCUGUAUGAUCAACUGAAAGUGUAUACUCAAAAAGGUUACAGAGUAAUAGGUCUGGCUAAAAGAAGUCUCCCUGUGGAUGUAGAUUAUGAAAAAGUACUGGAAAUUACCCGUGAGGAAAUUGAAAAAGAUUUGGAAUUUGUAGGACUGUUGAUAUUAGAAAAUUGCUUGAAGCCUGAAACGAAUGGAAUUAUACAGGUUUUAAAAGAUGCAAACUUGAAAAUUGUGAUGAUUACUGGAGAUAAUAUUCAAACAGCCGUCACAGUAGCCAAAGAGUGUAAAAUUAUUGAUCCAGAUUGUACAAUAUUAGAGAUAUUAACAACCAGACCCAGCAAACAAGAAUCGGCAGCUAUUACCUACAAAGUUAUAGGCACGCCAACCAAAGCAAUUGCUACUGGCAAUAAUGAUGGUACCUUCAAAGACAUAGAGUCGAUAGGCGAAAAAGACAAGAAAUACUGCUUUGUGGUUACUGGGGAAGCCUGGGGUAACAUAGUUAAAUAUUUUCCUGAUUUGAUACCGACGGUAGUUACUCAGGGAGCUGUGUUUGCUAGAAUGUCAGGGGCUCAGAAGCAACAGUUAAUUGAGCAACUCAAACUAUUAGGAUAUUACGUAGCAAUGUGUGGAGAUGGAGCAAACGACUGUGGAGCACUCAAGGCAGCGCACGUAGGAAUCUCACUUUCGGAAGCUGAAAGCAGCGUAGCUUCUCCGUUCACAUCGAUGGAACCCAACAUUUCCUGCGUACCCAAAGUGAUCAAAGAAGGUCGGGCAGCGCUUGUCACCUCCUUUGGAGUGUUCAAAAUGAUGCUGUGCUACAGCUUGACAGAAUUCACCUCUGUUAUAAUCCUGUAUGGAAUUGACACAAACUUAAGCUCAAUGCAGUUCUUAUUUAUUGAUGUUCCUUUGGUUCUGCACUUUGCUGUGUCGUUUGGAAGAACUAGAGCUUACGAGAAGCUGGCAACAACGCCUCCGAGGACGAGUCUUUUAAGUUUUGUACCUCUGGUGUCUCUGGCUUUGUUUAUGAUACUCACCGGGGUGUUUCAAACGUUUUCUUAUUACUAUAUUCAAACUUUCGACUGGUUUACUCCCUUUAUUUAUGAAUCUACCCCAGGAUCUAUCACGAGGUUUAGUGAAUCCUACGAAAACUACGCAGUUUUUUGUGUUUCAAUGUACCAGUACAUCAUAAUGGCAAUUGUGUUCUCUCAGGGAAGUCCCUAUCGUAAACCCAUCUACACAAACAGAAUUCUAAUGUUCUCAUUAACUUUGAUGACAGCAAUUUGCACAUAUAUGGCGAUAUACCCUGGAAAUUUCACACAAAGCUUCAUGGAGUUGAUGGUACCACCACAAUUCGAUGGUAGAAUCAUGAUACUGUGUAUAGCAGCUGUCAACUACGUGGCCUGUCACUUUACUGAAUCGGUGAUUGUUGAGACGGUUUUAGGCAAAUUUAUCUGUCCGAAAUUCAAAAGAUUCUCCAAGUCCCAAAAGAAAUAUGCCGAAGUUAUUAAGUCCUUGAAAGCGGAAGAUUUUUGGAUGAAAAUUAGCGGAGAGGCAAGGUUUAGCAAGAAUGGAAUCGAUAACAGUGCAUUUGUUCAGUCUGAGACAAAUUUGAACACGAGAUUAUGAUGUUUAGUUAGUGCAAUUUUAGAUUUAACUGUUAAUAAAGUAUUUAUAAUUUUUUA